AUGUAUAUGAGAGGGUGGAGAAGUUUCUGUCAUGCCAAUGGGCUUGAAGCUGGAGAAUCCGACAGCAAAGAAACGAGCAUUCAAGAUGAGAAAAAUGUCAAGAAACGUAGAAUAUCGAUGUGGAAAGCUUCGUCUUCAUCAUCAUCCCAAAACCGAUUUGUGACAUUAACUCUUAAACCUUUCAACCUCAUGAAGUCUGUACUGGUUAGAUUCAUCACUACACCCAUUUGUCUUUUUACAUUCUAUCGAGUUCUUGAAUCUUUUUUUUUUCAAUCUUUGUUGCAGUUUCUUCCAAUACGCUUCACGAGGAUGCAUGGAAUCAAUGAGGAAACUAAAAUGACUUUGUUAAAUAAAAACGGUGUGAAGUGGUCUACGGAUUUGCGGUAUGAGAAAAGUGGUGAUAGAAUAAGACUGGUCGGAGGUUGGAAAGAGUUCUUCAAAGCUAAGUGUGUGAAGGUAGGUGAAUCGGUCAUGUUCAAGCUGAUUUGGGAAGGAGACACAAGUUGUUUUCUCAAGUUCUGUUGUAAGGUGAAGCAAGAGACCUAA